UCCCAAAUUGAUUUGAAAGCUCUUAAUAUCUUUAUUAACUCUCCAGUUAGUCAAGAUAUGAUUCAUAAAUUAGUGGUCACUACAUUACAAGUGUUACCAUGUCAAGAUGAUAAGAGCUCAAUGCCAUCACCUCCACAAUCUCCAAAUAAAACUACUAGUAAUGGUAAACCAUUACCUUCAUUGAUGACUUUUUUAACUAAAUUAAUUAGAUAUACUAAUGUUUACACCGGUACUUUGAUGGCUACUUUGGUUUAUUUAAAUAGAUUGAAGUCAAAAUUACCUAAAAAUGCUCAAGGAUUACCAUGUACUAGACAUCGUAUUCUUUUAAGUUGUUUAAUUUUAUCUUCAAAAUAUCAUAACGAUUCUUCUCCUAAAAAUAUUCAUUGGGCUAAAUACACUGAUGGAUUAUUCAAUGUUAAGGAUAUUAAUUUAAUGGAAAGACAAUUGGUUUAUUUAUUAAAUUGGGACUUAAGAGUUUCAAAUCAAGAAAUGAUUAAAUCAGUUAGUAAAUUCUUAGAACCAAUUAAACAAGAUUUAAUUAAAUCAGCUAAGAUGAGAAAAUUCUUA